AUGAAACUGGACAGCAGCACGACGAAGAUUCGUGUGGUGUUCGAUGCGUCAUGCCGAACAUCAAAUGGGAAAUCUUUGAACGAUAUUCUUCGUGCAGGCCCUACCAUACAAGAUGAUCUUGUUUCAAUUCUCAUCAGAUUCAGGCAGCACGCUUUCGUGCUAAUGGCAGACAUCACCAAGAUGUGUGGCCAAAUCAUAGUAGACAAGGAAUACACGAACUGGCAAUGCAUAUUGUGGCGAGAUGAGAUAGCAGAUCGAAUUAAGACAUAUAAGCUGCAAACUGUUACGUAUGGUACGGCAUGUGCACCGUACUUAGCUAUUAAGUGUCUGCAGCAACUCGCACGUGAUCACAUGACAUCACAUCCAAUCGGCACAUCAGUUAUUGCCAACGACUUUUAUGUUGACAAUCUCAUGACCGGCGCACCUACAAUUGAAGUUGUUAUCGAAACCAAGCAGCAAGUCAUCGAAGUGUUAAACAAAGGUGGAUUUCCACUGAGAAAGUUUGCAACAAACGACCCAAGCAUUAUCGCCGACGUAGCCGCAGUGGAUCGUGAAGACAUUAUCCAAGUUGAUGACGUAGGCUAUGUUAAAGCAUUGGGCUUGAAAUGGUCACCAUCUUUGGAUAGCUUUCUCUUCAGUUACACACAACCACCGGUAUCAUCGAAAGUUAGCAAGCGUAUCAUCCUCUCACAUAUCGCUAGAUUCUUCGAUCCGUUGGGUUUGCUCAAUCCGCUUAUGGUCAGUUGUAAAAUUUUGUUGCAGCAGUUGUGGAAGCUUCGGCUGAAUUGGGACGAAAGUGUACCUCCGUCUAUUUAUACACAAUGGGAAUAA